AUGAAACUACGGGUUCAAGCGGCACGCUGUGACUUCGACGUCGAGGGUAGCUUGGUUUCGGAUAGUAUGAUCAUUGAUCAAAUCGCCGAGAAAUGCCUGUCAUCAGCACUUCGAAAGAAAGUUUUGGAGAAGGACCGUCCUCUGGAAGAAGUUGUGGCAAUUGGGAAAACAAUGGAGGAUGUUGAACAGCAAUGCAAAGAGAUGAGUCAACAGGAAAAGGCUACGUUUGGUGCCGUGAACAAAGGUGGUGCAACUACCCGAGCAUACGGGUCGGUCACUUGGAUCGAAGCAAGCAUCGUGAACGGCAGCAUUGUGCAGCACCUGAAAUCAUCAGUACGCUACAAUUUGGCGCAGCCGAAAAGGAUCAGGAUGAGUGGAAGUGAGAUGUACCGAAUGCCGUUAGGUGCGUUCGACGAUAAAGUUGAUUCCCAAGAUUUGCGUCGUGAAUGGGAGGAGUGGCAGCUUUGUCUCCAGGUACGUAACAUCGACUCCCAACACGAAAAGUUCGUUACAAUGCUGUCAGUUGGAGGAAGGGGACUACAGCGUAUUUUCUUCAACUUGCGACCAGUCCCGGAGGAAGUUACACCAGAGCUAGUAAGGAUCCCUCUAAUGCCUUUGGAGAUACCGGAAUAUGACAACGCCGUUAGACGCUUGGAAAAAUUCUUUGUCGGCAAGCGGAAUGAGAGAGUGGAACUUGAAGUUUUCCGGUCGAUCAAGCAAACAACUGAGGAACCAUUCAACAACUUCAUACUCCGACUCCGCUCUCAAGCCGCAAGAUGUGAGUUUGCCGACCGCGAGGAGACCGAGAUCCUUCAACAAAUCACGAUGGGAGCUAAAGAUGAGAAAGUCAGGGACAAGGGGUUGGAAAACUCUAUGAACUUGGACGAGGUUAUAAACUACGCGAUAAACCGUGAAAUUUUAGUGAAACAAAGAGAGAAACUCAAACCAUUCCGAAAUGAGCCGGAUCUGAACAGCGUACAUCCGAGACAACUCCGGAACAACAAUAGAAGCCCGAAACGGAACUCGAAGGUGUAUCCACGAUUUGUGAAACGGCGUGAUGUGAGACGUGCAGAAUCAGAAGGCAGUUAUCCGAGAAUGCAGUGCGAGCGCUGUGGAUCGUUCCGACAUAAUAAAGAUUCUCGUGAGUGCUACGCCCGAGGAGCAACAUGCAAUCGCUGUGGGCAAAGAGGACAUUAUGCCAGAAAAUGUACGGGAAAUAGCGCGGAGCAGAGAGCAGGACGUUUUCCCAGACGUGUAGUUGAGCGCCAUACGGAAGAAGCAAACUCGUUGGAACCCUCGGAAGUGACAUGGAAGGAAGAAUUGCCUCAUCGCCCGACUUCUGAUGAUGUGGCUAAGGUAGAAUAGU